AUGGAGGUAGCCGUUCUCAAGCGUUUGCAAGACAAAUCGAAGCACGCUUGCAAAUUUUACGGCUGUGGUCGGAACGACAAGUUCAACUAUCUGGUGAUGAGUCUUCAGGGAAGAAAUUUGGCUGACCUACGACGAGAGUCGGUCAGGCAGUGUUUCUCGUUAUCCACCACAACUCGUGUCGCGCUUCAGAUUCUUCGUGCCAUUCAGGACAUUCAUUCGGUCGGAUUUAUUCACAGGGACAUCAAGCCGUCAAAUUUUGCAAUGGGCCGCACCUCAGCUACGCAUCGCGUUGUGUUUAUGCUCGACUUCGGCCUGGCACGGCAGUAUGUAAAUGGGAAGGGCGAGCUGCGAUCUCCGCGCAGUUCUGCUGGUUUUAGGGGUACUGUUCGAUAUGCGUCUUUGACUGCGCAUAAAAAUCGAGAGAUGAGCCGAAAGGAUGACCUCUGGUCGUUGUUUUACAUGAUCGUCGAAUUCAUUCACGGGUCACUACCUUGGAGAAAAAUCAAAGACAAAGAAGAAGUCGGUCGCCUAAAAGAGGAGGUCAGCUACGACAAGUUGCUGGAAGGCCUUCCUUUGGAAAUGAAGGACUUCUUGUCGCAUUUGCAGCAGCUUACUUACGGGGACUGUCCGAACUACGAGUUUAUGAGCAAUUGCUUACUUAAAAUGGUCGAGAAGUUAGGAGCAAAAAUGGACGAUCCAUUCGACUGGGAGAUUGUCGCCGAUAACACCGCCGUACCUUCCGUUCCGCGAUCUUUCUCCAAACGUUCGACAGUCACUAUCAAAGAAAGACGGUACGAGUAUGAAUAUGUUUAUUUUUUUACUUUAUUUUAUUGCUGUUUAAUAAAAAUAAUCCCGGGUAUUUUCGAUUUGCUAGCAGAUUGCCAACAGUAG